AAAUCCAAAAAAUUUCACUUUUCAUGCUAAAAAUCUAUGCUCCCGGAAGAUUUUAUUUUCCUCCAAGAUAUGCAACACAUCGUGUAAAAUUGGUCGCCUAUAGCCUUGUGGAAUUAUCUGUCCAUUUCUGACCAGCAACUAGAAUCUCUUCCUUUUUCUCUCCUUCACUAUACAAAAUCACAGAAUCAAAUUCAAUUUCAUGAUCUCACUUCACCUUUCUUGAAUAAAUAUUCUAAUCAAAAGAUAAAGAAUCAGUUUUGGGUCCAUAUCACCAGUUACCACCACCUGCUCUUCUUCUUCUUCACAUUCACCUUCCAUUAAUGAAACAAUAUUUUUUAAGAAAGAAAAAUCCUUUCUUUUAUUCUUCUCCAUCUCUCUGUCUUCUUUUAUUGAAAUUCUCAACUUCAUUUUAAAGCAAAGAAUUAUAGCCCCUUUCUUUUUGGAUAUUUGGGUUCUUCUUGUUGUUUUCUCCUUUCUCUUGAGAUCUGUUCUCAAAGCUCACUCUUUUUUUGAAUCAAAUGGUUUGCUCUCAAGAAACUACUAGUAAUGCCAAAAAACCCACUUCUUCUAGUACUUCAACAGUGAUCAACGAAACAGAAUACCAUGUUUUAGAUUUUGAAGUUGUAAAUCUUUUACAGAAAAUGGUCUGGGAAUUGGGUUUGGGUUGUGUACUACCAGGUAGUAAAAAAAUACAGAGACAAAAAAGUGACAAGAAGAUGAUAGAUGGUACUAGUAAUAAGCAAGUAAAGAAGAAUAAUAAUGAAGAAAUAUCUGAACAUAAUAAAGCUUGGUUAUUAGCUGAAUCAUCAAGUGGUGUUAAUGUCAGUGCUGAAUUCAUUACACCUUCUGCUUCUGCUGCUGCUAAUGCUAAUGCUGCUGAUUCUUAUACUGCACAUUCUUCAUUUAGAUUCAGUUUUGGUUCGCAAAGGGAAUUUGAUUCAAUUUGUUUCAACCAUUCUUCAUCUACUUCUUCUUCAGCAGGUGGUACUACUAUCUUAAUGGUGAAUUUAGAUACUGGGUCUAAAAACAUCCAAUACAAUACAAAUGACUUGUUGAAAUGGAGAAGAUUGGAGUCUCUAGAGAAAAGUAUAUCACCAGUUGCUGAUACAUUGAUAAGAUUCAGUUACUCUGAAAUCAGAUCUGCCACACAGAAUUUUCGAAAAGGGAGAGUAUUGGGAAGAGGUGCAUUGAGUUAUGUAUUCAGAGGGAAAGUUGGUUUUAGAAGAACUUCAGUUGCAAUAAAAAGAUUAGACAAAGAGGAUAGUGAAGCACCAAAGGCAUUCUGUAGAGAAUUAUUGAUUGCAAGUUCAUUGGAGAACAGGUAUAUUGUUCCACUUUUGGGGUUCUGUAUUGAUGCAGAUGAGGGUCUAUUUCUUGUCUAUAAGUAUGUUUCUGGUGGAAGUUUAGAAUACCAUCUUCAUGAGAAGAAGAGAGGGAUAAGGGGUUCAGCAUCUCUUCCAUGGUCUAGUAGAUUUAAGAUUGCAAUGGGAAUUGCUGAGGCUGUAACAUAUCUGCACAAUGGAACUGAUAAAUGUGUGGUUCAUAGAGAUAUUAAACCUUCUAACAUCCUCCUUACUUCCAACAAAACACCCAAGCUUUGUGAUUUUGGAUUGGCGACAUGGACUACUGCGCCAUCAGUUCCUUUCCUGUGUAAAACUGUGAAAGGAACCUUUGGGUAUUUGGCCCCUGAAUAUUUUCAACACGGGAAAGUGUCCGGUAAAACGGAUGUGUAUGCAUUUGGUGUGGUACUGUUGGAGCUAAUAACAGGCCGGAAACCGAUCGAGGCAAAAAGAGCUCCCGGAGAUGAGAAUUUAGUCGUGUGGGCGAAGCCACUCUUACAGCAAGGAGGUGAAGCUAUCAAAGAGUUGGUUGAUCCAAAGCUAAGGCUUCGUCCACGCCAUUUAAGACAAAUGACACGAAUGGUUGAAGCUGCAGCCGCUUGUAUAACCAGUGAAGAAUCUAGUAGACAAAACAUCGACGAGAUCAUCGCUGUAUUACGAGGAGAUGAGAACUUCCAUAACUCAAACAAGAGUAAAACUCCUGAUCUUUCUGCUUUUGUUUCUGAUUAUCACUCUCAACACCAAUUACAAACUAAGAGUGACAUGACAAACCACUUAGCUUUAGCAAUGUUAGGUGUUGCUGAUCUUGAAGACUAUGAUCACCUAUAUUGCCGUUGAAUCUAACCACCAUUGAAAACAAAUUCAGUUUUCCAUUUUUUGGUUUUUUCUAGUGUUUUUUUUUCCUUUUUCUUGGGUGAUUGAAUUUAGACUGAGUGAAGGGUGUAAGUUGUAUAUGCUCUUGAGUUUUCCUAUGAAGAAUUGACUGUAUAUAUCAUACAUCAUCAAUUCUCAAUAAGUAAUAAAGGUUUGCCGUUCCAAGUCUUAAA